AAAUGAUCUCCACUUGAAAAUUCGGUAGCAUUGAAGAAAGAUGGCCGAGCCCUCUUCUGGUGAUGUCUCGGCAGCAAGCAGUAAUGCUCCAUCAAGUACAACAAGUCCAAGGUCCAAUAGAUCAUCAGUGUUGUCGACAGCACCUACAUCAGAUGGUGAAGGCUCUCGUGGUGAGGACCCUAGCGCCAGUGAUACGAGUUCGUCGGCAGUCUUGCCAUGGCCUGUUGCAGGACGGAAGUUAACUGGAACGACUGUUGGGUCACCUGACAGUGGCGUCAGUGACACUCCUGGGGAGUAUGUUCUACGCACGCUAUUCCAAGAAUUCACCAUCCGCGCUGACAUAAAAAUACACCAGGUUAUGGAAGAACCCCAGGAGAAAUUGCUCAGUAAGUCUUUGCAGCGAGGUGAAGACCCUGAAUUUGAUCAGUUACUCAGCUCGUUAAGCAGUGUGGCGGAACACUGCCUGCCAUCUCUUUUGGUGACACUAUUCCAGUGGUAUAACAUGCAAAAUCCUGGAGAUGAAUCCUCACCUGAGCAUAGGAACAGGGCGAAGAGUCUUAAAGGGGACAAGGAUUCUGUGCUUUUAGACAAAAGAGAUUUGGCCGUUGAUUUCCUCUACUGCCUGGUGGUGGUCGAGGUAUUGAAACAGUUGUCAUAUCAUCCUGGUCACGAUGAUCUUAUCAAUCAGAUCAUCACACAAGCAUUUAAACACUUCAGAUACAAAGAUGGGUCCCAGAGUAAUGCAAAUGCAGCCAAUGCCAACAUCAUCUCUGACUUGUACGCCGAGGUAAUCGGAGUCAUGGCCCAAAGCAGAUUCCAGGCCGUUAGGAAGAGGUUCUUGGCGGAGGUAAAGGAGAUGAGAUCAAAAGACCAGACGCCUUCGGUAACCCACAGUAUCAUCAGUCUACUCAUGGGCAUGAAGUUCUUCAGAGUAAAGAUGCACCCAAUAGAGGAGUUUGAGGCCUGCAUUCAGUUUCUUCAAGAAUUAGGAAAUUAUUUCCUUGAGGUUAAAGACAAAGAUAUCAAGCUUGCACUGGCUGGCUUAUUUGUAGAGAUACUGCUUCCUGUGGCUGCAGUUGUCAAGAACGAAGUAAAUGUGCCAGUGCUGAAGAACUUUGUUGAGAUGCUCUAUCAGACUGCCAUGGAUAUGUCAACCAAGAAGAAAUACUGCCUCGCACUCUUUCCAAUGGACACAUGUUUGUUGUGUGUCAGCCAGAAGACCUUCUACCUCCAGAACUGGCCGUAUUUCCUGACUAUGUGCCUGGGUCAUCUGAGGAACAAGGAUCCUAAGAUGUCUAGAGUCGCUUUGGAGUCCCUCUACAGAUUACUAUGGGUGUACAUGGUUCGUAUCAAAUGUGAGAGUAACACAGCGACGCAGAGCAAACUUCAGAGUAUCAUGAACAGUCUGUUUCCCAAGGGAUCCAAGGUUGUCAUGCCUAGAGAUAUGCCGCUCAAUAUAUUCGUCAAGAUCAUUCAGUUCGUCGCACAGGAAAGGUUAGACUUUGCCAUGAAAGAAAUUGUGUUUGAUUUACUCUGUGUUGGCAAACCUAGCAAGUUACUCACUCCAGAGCGAAUGAGUAUAGGCCUUCGAGCAUUCCUAGUCAUCACGGACAGCCUCCAGCAGCAGGAUGGCGUCCCACCCAUGCCUCAGACCAUAGGCGUCUUUCCCUCUGGGAGCACCCUCAGGGUCAAGAAGACAUUCCUUAAUACGAUGCUGACUGAGGAAACGGCACGGUCGAUUGGCAUGGCGCCAUAUUAUAGUCACGUGAGGAAAGCAUUCGACUCCAUCCUGCGAGCUCUUGAUGCGAUUGUCGGGAAGCCAUUGUUGUUGACCAGGACGGAAAAUGUCAACAAAGAACCAGACGAUAUGAUAACUGGAGAGAGGAAGGCCAAGAUUGACUUGUUCCGUACAAGUGUGGCAGCCAUCACCAGGAUCAUACCAGAUGGAAUGACCAAGUUGGAGCUGGUGGAGCUCCUUGCCAGACUCACUGUCCAUAUUGACGAGGAACUCAAAGGACUUGCCUGCAAAGCAUUGCAGAACCUCAUGUCCGAUUUCUCCGACUGGCGAGAGGAGGUUGUGAGCGGUUUCAUCCAGUUCAUCCAGAAAGAAGUGAGCGACUCAUUCCCUCAGGUUCUCGAGACCUGUUUGCGCAUGAUGCUGCAGUUACUCAGUCAGUGGAAGUCGAUAGUGCAGGCGAGCCAGAAGGACAAGAUUGAUGAAUGUCUUGUACACCAAAAAGUCAAUCAAUUUGAGAAGAGUGCCCAUGCUCCAGUGCUGAAUGAAGUGGAAGGAUUUGCCUUAGUGAUGCUUUGUAAUUGUCGACCGUACACCAGAAAACUUGCUGUUCAGUUGCUGAAAGAAAUAAGGAAUCUGUGCACUGUACUGGGCACAACUAAGCAGGUUGAUGAUGCGUGUGUGAUUGAUGUGCUGGACAAGGCUUGUCCAUUCAUUGUCGAGAAGAUACUUCCCCAUCUCCCUCCUCAGGAGAAGGCCGCAGUUCUAGCUACAAACAGCAUCGACCUUCAGUGGCUCGCUGACCGAACAUCACCGUUCUGGGUAUCUGGUUACCAUGACAAUAAUGAUUCCAUGAACGCCAAAAACCUGAAUUUCAGUACCUUCGAUCCGUGGGUAACAUGUCUGUCGACGUUCUUGGACAGCAACCAUGCCUUCAGUUGCUGCCCAAAUGCUGUGGCAUAUGCUUGGCCGAUUGUGUAUGUUCGACUUCUGGCAAUAUUCAGCUAUGUUGACCCAAAUAGCCCAUCAGGUGAUACGAGGACAUCCUCCCUGCUGAGGUCAGGGAGCAAGAAGGUCACCAACGAACGAGAUCUCUACAUGAACCUCUGGCACAAUUACGUCGUGAUGAGUUGUUGUGUGGCUCCGCCUAGUGUGAUGAUUACGCAACGUUCUGCCUCGCCAGAGCUGGGGGCAAGUUCCUCCCCAGAGAACUCGAGCAGAGAAGCAGAGAAAACAGACAGCUUGAAGCUAAACGUUGCCAAUGCCAGUAAUCUCUUCAAGUUGUUGGUGCCAUUGAUCAGGUGUGAGGCGAUCGAUAUGAGAGACAUCAUAGCUGAUGGCAUUGGUAGGAGUAACCCGGGUGCUUUCAGCGAUCUGAUGGAAGAGUUGGUACCGUACAUAAAGGAGGCCAUCGACAGGAAACAAGAGAACGUGCGCAGACGCCGUCGCAGAGACAUCCUGCGCGUUCAACUCGCAAAGAUAUUCGAACUGAUGGCGGAGAAUGGCACAUUCGCUCAAAGCAGUUACGCUAUAGACGAAUCUGUGACUGGGGUUGACAGCACAACUGGUGUGAUUGAUAAGGAGUCGCAGGCGCUGGCACCGAGAUUUGUUGAGUAUAUCGACGGUGCUCGGAUGUUCCUGGAGAACGAGGCUGAACGAGACCAGCCAAUCCUGCAAGAAAUCAGGCUACACUUCAGUGGAUUCAUACGUCACUUGAUUCGGCACACGCCAGUUGACACUCGUCAUAUGGUACUGUCACGAUCUCUCCGUUAUAAUCUGUUCUAUCUGUUUGCCAGCUGGAGUGGCAAGUUUGGACAGGCAUUUGGUGCUAUGGACAGGAGAACGAACAAGGAUGACUCAUGUACUGAGCUGGAACUCUCAGCAAUCCAAGCCAUGGGUGCUGUCCUCUGUUGCGGUGCGGCGUUCGAUCCGUCUGGUCUGACAGAGGAGAAUUACGUCUACUCGUGGUUGGAUACACUCCUGGAAUCCCAUGAUGAAAAGAUUAUGGACAGGGUAUACGCUCUUGCUCAAGAGACCAUAGUCUUGCUGUUAGAGUACAACCCUGAUGCUCAGGCUCUGCUGGACUGGGUCAUAGAUCGAUGUUACACAGGCUCAAAUGAAGUUGCGGAUGGAUGUUUUUUGGCUCUUGCCAGGGUCUUUACCAACAGGGAGUACCCAUGUGACCACGUUGCCAUGUUGAAUGUGACGCUACUGAACACAGGGAAUCCUCGCAUUCACAUCCGGGAGACGGCUCUCCAAUUGCUGCAGCUGCUAGACAGGCGCUUUUUCCUGGACGACCUGGUGGUGACCGAGCCGGAGGAAGCCUUGAUCGAGGAGGAGGAAGAUGGAAAGAUGGAGCCAUCAUUACAUGGCAGUGCCAUCCUUCUCGGAGCAACGUACACAUUUUGUCAGAUGGAACUUUCAUCUCAGUUGGCGAAGUUGCAUCCAGAGUUGACGAUGCCCAUAUUUUCAGAGAUCACACAUCGCUUGCAGACGGCCAGGUAUCCCGUGCAGCAUAAUCUGCUCAUGUACCUGCUGCCUUGGCUUUACAACAUGGAGUUGAUUGAUCCCCACCUACCGCUUGGAGAGCCCCUCUCAAACUUCCUGAACAAGUUACAGGACAACCAAGCGGACAUGAUGAAGCCGCCACUGAGAGGUGAAGGAUGGGGCUCAACACAGGCAACAGAGAUGGUCCUUACCAACUUAUUUUUUGCAACGGUCAAGUUUGGUGACGAUCACCAGAAGGCAUUUGAGGUACUGUGGUCAGCCUUAGUGGCGUGCUGGCCUCUAAACCUGAAAGUUAUCAUAAGGUAUUUGAUCAUCGUGACGGGGAUGGCUCCACAAGAUCUCAUGCCCUACGCUCGCCGGGUCGUCAUGUAUUUAGGUCGGGCAAAACCGGAACGCCUGGUCGAUGAGUUAAUGAACGAGAUGCAGACGGUUGAAACGCUGAGCUAUAAUAUUGAACGGACUCAUACACCGCCAUUUUACCGACUGACCAGUGUGAAGAAACCUGUGGGGCAUGUCAUGGAGACCGAGGUGUGCCCCGAGGACAAGGAGGCAGCCCUCGAGAAGGGCUUGCUUCACACAAAGAGACACAGCACUGCUGAGGAGCCGUUGAUCGCACCACGAGCAAACUCGAUGGCAUCGUUACGGAGCACUUCAGCGAGUUGUCACAGUGCCAUGAGUAAUACUACCAAAGAGGAGAUGAUGCAUUCGAUGUCUACAGUAUCGAGUACUAGCAGUGCUCCUGCAGCUUCGGAAAGUUAUGUGAUAGAUGAUGACAACUUUGCCACCCUGCGGAAGGCAUCCGAGAGCAGCAGUUCCAAACACUCGAGUAUCCAGAUCCAGAUUGGAUGUGACGAGUCAGUACCAUACCCAUUGCCGAUGCCAGCAUAUGGAGGAUACUAUGCUCCCAUGUUGGAAUAUCUCCCAGACACACCCCCUAGUCCUAGUUUUCACAGGUGCAAUAUGGCCGUCAUGUUGAUGACAGAUCUCGUUAUGGAUGCAAUCGACAUUGACUGGGCAGCUCAUCUUCCCCUAAUGCUACAUGUGAUAUUUCUUGGUCUGGAUCAUCCCCGAUCUCUUGUCCACGAGAGUUGUAAGACACUGCUGAUGAAUCUUCUGGUCGUGCUGUCGGUCCACGGGAACCACCACACGGUCGCCAGGACGCUACUCAGCAAUAAGAGUGUGAAUGAUAAGUUCUGUCUGACACUACCACCAGUCGCUACAAGGGAAUACAACUUCAUCAAUAAAGGUGAAUCUGGCAGUGUGACAGGCCUUGGUCAAUCUACGUUUAGUGUCAAUAGUAACUCCACCAUCACCCCGGAUAGUGUAUCCAGAGUGGUCGACCUUGACACACUCAGCACCACUGAAGGAGUAGCACAGGCACUUAUAGAAUUCAUCGCGACCAGAAAAUGUCAUCCUCUGUGGAGUUACGAAGAUAUAACAUCAAAGACUCUUACCAUCCAUAGCGCGGAGCAGAUAGAAAGAUUCCUCAAAUAUGUCGUUCAGAUUUUCAAGGAGUCAUUGCCAUUGGCCCAUAUUGAAGAAAGAUGGGGCCAGAUCGCGUUAAAUCUCGCACUCUCGUGUUCUUCUCGUCAUUAUGCGGGGCGAUCAUUCCAGAUAUUCCGAGGACUCUAUAUCCCUCUGACGUCGAGAAUGUUGACGGAUAUCUUAUCACGAUUGGUCGAGACUGUCGCAGAGCAGGGAGAAGAUAUGCAGGGCUAUGUCAGCGAGAUCAUGCUGACGUUAGAGGCGGCUAUCGAUCAUUUAGACUUGGACUUCAGACCGGUUGAUUUCGCAAAGGAGCUGUUUAUGUCCACGCCAAACUUGACCAAGGAGCCCAAGAUUGAUAUGAGAAAGAGUGCUACAGUCGCCCUCCGUCAUCCCGGAGGACACCAUGCCCGAUCGACUAGUCAUACCUUGUCCUAUCACCGUAGGGUGCAUGUGACAACCUCUGUCAUAGAGCCAAAAGAGGCCAGACAGAAGCAACCAGACUUCGACCCUCGACGAUCGACCAACUUGUCCCGCUCUCGUAGUGCCCAUUCCUUGAAGAAUCUGUCCGACCUGAGUACCCAGGAUGACCGCCUGACCAUACUCUCCCAGAUGUUUUGGUUGGCCACAUGCCUGCUCGAGUCUGAUUAUGAAUACGAGUUUCUGCUGGCUAUCAGAUUGAUACAAAAGGUGUUGAAGCAUUUACAGCCGGACAGACCAGAGUGUCGAGAGAAGUUGGACAAAGUUCUCCAGCAGAUGAGCUGGUCGGGUUUCCCUGGGUUACAGGCCAUGCUUCUAAAGGGCUGUUCCUCUGCAACCACCUACGAAUGCACCAUGAACAUGUUGUCUAAGUUGACGCACUGCAUUAACGCCCCAGUAAUCGACCCGAGCCAGAGGCUAGGCUUCCCAAUGCACGUGAUUGCCUUGUUGCCAUAUCUGGUCAUCAACUACGAGAGUCCUAACCAGCUCUGUAAGGAGGCUGCGGAGAACAUCUCCAGGGUAUGCAUGGAACAGUCCAAGAAUUUAGACAACUUGGCCACGGUGAUGACGCUGUAUAGUCGCGGUACAUUCGCCCGGGACAGUCUGCAGUGGACCAAGUGUGUGGUCAAGUAUCUGCUAGAUGUUUACUCUCAGAUGAGUAUUGAGAUGCUGAAGUACUUGUUAGAGGUGUUGGAGCGUGGUCCGAGUAACAACCAAGUAGCAGUUCUCCAUGUGCUCCACUGCAUGGUCCACUACAUUGACCUGACAGGUCAUCCAAUCAACUCGAUUAGUUCAGAGCUGCUCAGGGUGGUGGCACUGCAUGUAAAGGGCCCGCAUUGGAAGGAGGCUUUAAAGAUACUUAAACUGGUAGUUACGAGGUCCUCCACAUUGGCAGCACCUCCGCCCUCCAUGCAUACCAGCUCCAGCAGUGAUCUCAGUCACGUGAGCAGUACUUCCAAGAUUACGUUAGGAGGUUAUACAUCUUUCGCAGAGGCUGAGGUACCUUUUAAAAAGGAACUGCCAGGCAGGACUUUGGAGUUCACGUUUGACCUUUCGCAGGUGCCUGUGAUUGGUCAAGAGGCACCUGAAGACGAAGGCCUGGGUACUUCGACUGUGAGUGGAGUGGUCAGCGAGGCCGGCGACGAGGUGAUCUUGGAGGAAGAGUUUGUGACGGAGGAAGAAGAGAAGAAACAUGUUGAGUUUGUUGCGAGUGCUCAACCCGAGAGUGUUGUGGAUUGGAAGAAGCCAUAUCUUUCACAGGGCCGUACCAGAGAAAGAUUAGUCAGCCUCCUCACCAGUUAUGGGCAGAGAGUUGGAUUGCCGAAGAGCCCCUCUGAUACCGUCAUUCAUAAGGGGAACAUUUAUGCAGAGACGGGCUACUUCUACCCGUUUCAAGUGGUCAUAUUUAGCCAGUCGAGUGAUACGAUCGAACGCCAGCCCAGCAUGUGUUCAAGCAGUGAAGAGACCUCUCUCAAUGAUGUCAAAACGGGAGACGAGAAACAGGAAGAUAACAAUGGCUCAGAUCAGCAGUUCAAAGUCUUCAAAGAUUUUGAUUUCCUUGAUAUCGAGCUUGACAGUCAAGAAGGAGAGACCAUGGACAAGUUCAAUCUUGCCCUGAAGCGCCCUUCCUUUGGUAGUCUGGAUGGCAUCAUGGAGAGUGGCGCGCCAGAGAGUCAGAGUACACAGAGUAGCGUCAGAGAGGAGUCUUCUGAUGAUGAGGCUAGCAGCGCAAGUCCAGUCGAUGAUGUUGUGCUCCAUCACCAAGACCUACCCGGGACCAGUACUAUCACCAUGGACAAUCUCCUCAUCCAGAGAAGCAGACGCCCUUCAAGCCCCAUGUCUGCCUCAUCACACAGUAUCAGUAGCGAUGUCGAUGGGGCCGAUCUUAGUCCAAGCAACGCCUCACCAAGUUUCUCCUUGUUGACGUCGACAUUCUGUCACAUUCAACGUGACACCGUCGAAGAAAUCUGGAGAGCACAUGUGACACAGAUUAUGGCGGAUAGUCAGGGUCACCAUGCCGUCAACUCAUUCCAGCUGUUUCCUAAUCUAUACAAGGAGACAUGUCGUAAACUAAGCAGUCUCACAAGGGAGUCUUGCUACUACCUAUCCAAGACGGAGAAAUUAAAACCAGUCGCUGCUCAAUUUCGCACCAUGCUGGAGAUCCUCAUCAACCAAGCAGAAUGUCCGUUCGUUCAUGUUGAUAGCGAAGUGCUGAUCAGUUGUAAGCUGCUAGAACGCCAUAAAUUCUGUGUCCUUGAAGUGAAUGAGAGCUAUGAGACGUAUCUGAUGAGGAAGGAGCAGGCUGUCGAGUGCUUGGAUGGAAUGAAAUCGUCAAUAAAGUUGCAGUCACUUGGAGAGAAUGUCAGUGAUUUCUGUGGAGAUGAGCAGGCGAAAGAUCUUGGCACCCAAGUGGAAGACGUUGAAAAAAAUAUUGUCAAAGAGAAAAUUGAGUUGUGCAAAUGUCUGUAUAAGUUGCACUUCCAACUGUUGCUGCUCUUUGAGUCCUACUACAAACUGGUUGGAGUCUUGGAACCAGCUGCUAAAGAGGAGCAGGUUUCCAAUGUAUCAGAAGAUGUGUUGCAGCUGAAGCAAGACAUUAUCAAAGUGCUGUCGGAUUCUGACAGUAACCAGAGCUCGCCCGUCAACAUGGACAUCAACACCCUGUCACGCAAUGAAGCGGAGUCCAUGGUGUUCGAGUGCAUCGAUAACAGGGAGAUCCUCAAGGCCGUCAAGAUUAUGAGAGCUAUGAGGUCAUUCUGGCAAGGCUCCAUUGCGGCCGGGUUGGCUGAUGAUGAUUUGGGCAUGCUCCUAUGGAUAUAUUCACAACAGAUGAUGCCAAAGAAACCUAAUCUUCUUGUGAUUGUACAGCCUGACCAUGAUAUAAACGACGUCUGCCGUCAGAUGAUGGAUGUCAACAUUCAGCUAUCGACAUCGAUCAAGCAGUUGGAGCAGGCAGCCAAGGUGGAUCGCGAGGUCAUCAUGAGACAGCCCGAGUCUAGUACAUUAUGAACUCGAGAACAGAAUUUGGUCAGGAAGUGAACGUCGUUAAAAUGACACAAAGAUCAUGAAUGUGUAACUUUCAUGGCCAUGUGAUUAAUACUGACAGAAAUAUAAAAGUAAUUGAAAAACUGAAAGAGGUUCGAGUGACGUCACACACAAAUCUGAUGCAUCAUUUGUUGUUUUAUGUGUUGCAUCGCAGAGGAUGCUGUCUCUGAUGGCCCUUAAAGGGGGACUAUAGGCAGGAGGAGGGGGGGGGGGGUUAAAUUGGUCAUCUUCAGGUGACUAAUAUGCAAAGUAAGGGCACUGGGUCAGGUAAGAUUCAGCAGGUAAUAUAUUCCUUAUACAAGUGUGCAUUGUUGAGACCCCUAUUGGUGACUUUGCAUAACUUUAUCUUGCCUACCUAGCGACUGACUAUAGAGUCCCUUUAACACCAUGAUUUCACAGUUUUUGUCUUGUAGCUCUAAUAUAAUUGCUGCAUACACAUAAGACUUGUGUGUUUUUCAUCGGACUUUUACAGUGCGUAAUUUGAAUCUACAGUGCAGGCUAUCAUAAACUUCUGUCUUAUUUGGGCUUUAAGAGUUCUGACGAAAUUCCAGUGACCUUUUGGCUGUAAAUGUUGAUACUGGUUGAUCAUUCUCAGAUUUUCUGUGCAGUGCUGUCAUAGAAACUGUAGCACAUGUAUAUGUGUUUCCUUAGCUUAAAUGGAUACAAACAUGAAAUCUGGACUUGUAGAUGAUCAUAAUGGCAUCUGACAGCUUUAUUUUGUAGAUAUUUCAUGUUUAAUUUUUGUGCUGUAUAGUUUUUAGCCUGAUUUUGAUGUAACCUGUGAUUGACACUAAACUUUGCAUUUGGUAUAUUUGAGAGUCACUAUCAAAUCAUUGAAAAAAUUGACCCUCGCCUUGCUGAAACAUCUUAGUGCAAUAUGCUUCCUUGUGUACAAUCUAGGAGUUCUGUCCUUAAUAGAGAGGGACAUCGAUUUAAAUGGAAAUACCAAAUUUGGGACCAAAACUAGUGUCCUUUAUAGAGAUGGUGUCCUUAAUAGAGAGGUGUCCGCUUAGGGAGGUUCCAAUGUAUGUUUAACAAGCCAACCUGCUGUGAGUCUUAAGAUAUUACAAUUGUCCAGCCUCUAAAAAAACUCCAGUGCGGUAUUUAACACUAAACAGGGUACAACUAGCUGUUUUUGUCUGUGACCUACAUUCAUGAAUAUCAUCCAAACUGCUUCAAUUACAUUUGUGAUGUAAAAAUGGGGUCGAUUUUUAAACACUUUAGACACUGCACUGCACUGCAGUUUAUAAUGUUUUACGUAAAUUUAAAUAAUCACAAUAUAAAAAGGUUAAAAAAUGUAGCUGUUUAUGCCUUCUUGAAAUUGUUUGCAUCAUCUAUAGUGUAUAU